UUUAGGAUCACACAAGGUUCCCUCCCAUACAUAUCAGCUAUAAAUGUGAGUGCAUCAGUUCAGAAGCUUAGAGAGAAAAUGGCUGUAAUCGAGUCACUUCUGCAGUUUCUCAGCACAGGUACAUUACUGGGUGCUUUGCUGUUACUUCUGGUUUUGUAUUUGCUUUCCUCCGGAUCCAGAUCUCAGAAAGAGGGGAAAGAGCCACCUGGACCCAAACCACUGCCGCUGCUGGGGAACCUGCUGACCCUUGACCUCAAGAGACCCUUUGACACCUUUUGUGAGCUGUCCAAAACCUACGGAAACAUAUUCCAAGUGUUUUUGGGUCCUAGAAAAACUGUGGUCUUAGUUGGGUACAAAACGGUCAAAGAAGCUCUUGUGAACUAUGCAGAAGAGUUUGGCGACAGAAAAAUUGGACCUGGUUUCAGGAUAAUGAACGACGAACAUGGAAUCCUCUUUUCCAAUGGAGAGAACUGGAAAGAGAUGCGACGCUUCGCUCUCAGCAACCUGCGGGACUUCGGGAUGGGCAAGAGAGGAAGUGAAGAGAAAAUCAUAGAGGAAAUUCAGUAUCUGAAAGGAGAGUUUGAUAAGUUUGAAGGGAAAGCCUUCGACACAACACAGCCUGUGAACUACGCUGUGUCAAACAUCAUCUCAUCUAUCGUGUACGGCAGCAGAUUUGAAUACACAGACCCUCGAUUCACAGAAAUGGUCGACAGGGCAAAUGAAAAUGUUCGGGUUGGUGGAUCGAUUUCUAUGUGGAUUUAUGAUAUAUUUCCGUGGUUGGGCCCAUUCCUGAAAAACAAAAGGAUUAUUGUAGAAAAUAUUGUCCAAAGUCGAGUGGAGAUGACGAAGUUGAUCAAAGGGCUGCUGGAGACUCUGAAUCCACAGGACCGCAGAGGGUUUGUCGACUCCUUUCUCAUCCGCAAACAGAGUGAAGAGAAAUCUGGCAAGAAGGACACAUACUUUCAUGAUGAGAAUCUAAUGAUGACUGUGACAAAUCUGUUUGUCGCUGGUACUGACACGACAGGAACGACUCUGCGCUGGGGUUUGAUGCUCAUGGCCAAAUACCCUCAUAUACAGGAUCGAGUUCAAGAGGAGAUUGACCGAGUGAUUGGUGGACGUCAGCCAGUGGUGGAAGACAGGAAGAAAUUACCGUAUACAGAUGCUGUGAUUCAUGAAACUCAGAGACUGGCCAACAUAGUGCCCUUGAGUCUGCCACAUAUAACUAGCUGUGACAUUCACUUCAAUGGAUACUUCAUCAAGAAGGGUACCACUGUCAUUCCUCUGCUGACGUCCGUUUUGAAGGAUCCAAGCGAAUGGGAGAAACCGAACAGCUUUUACCCAGAACACUUCCUAGAUGAGAAGGGCCAGUUUGUCAGGAGAGAUGCUUUCAUGCCCUUUUCUGCAGGUCGAAGGGUUUGUUUGGGAGAGAGUUUGGCCAGGAUGGAGCUCUUUCUGUUCUUCACUUCCCUCCUUCAGAGCUACCGCUUCACAACUCCACCUGGAGUGUCUGGAGAUGACCUGGAUCUCAAAGGAAUAGUAGGAAUCACAUUGAAUCCAUCCCCACACAAGCUGUGUGCAAUCAGACGCUCCCUUAUGGUUGCAUCUGGUAGAUGUUUAGCAGUUAAGGAUUGUAAAAUGGCUGUAAUCGAGUCACUUCUGCAGUUUCUCAGCGCAGGUACAUUACUGGGCGCUUUGCUGUUGAUUCUGGUUUUGUAUUCGCUUUCCUCUGGAUCCAGAUCUCAGAAAGAGGGGAAAGAGCCACCGGGACCCAAACCACUGCCGCUGCUGGGGAACCUGCUGACCCUUGACCUCAAGAGACCCUUUGACGCCUUUUGUGAGCUGUCCAAAACAUAUGGAAAUAUGUUCCAAGUGUUUUAUGGUCCUAAAAAAGUUUUGGUACUAGUUGGAUACAAAACAGUUAAACAAGCACUUGUGAACUAUGCAGAAGAGUUUAAGGACCGGGAUAUUAUGCCUGGAUUCUGGAUAGUAUCCAAAGGACAUGGAAUCCUUUUUUCCAAUGGAGAGAACUGGAAAGAGAUGAGACGCUUCGCUCUCAGCAACCUGUGGGACUUCGGGAUGGGCAAGAGAGGAAGUGAAGAGAAAAUCAUAGAGGAAAUUCAGCAUCUGAAAGGAGGGUUUGAUAAGUUUGAAGGGAAAGCCUUCGACACAACACAGCCUGUGAACUACGCUGUGUCAAACAUCAUCUCAUCUAUUGUGUACGGCAGCAGAUUUGAAUACACAGACCCUCGAUUCACAGAAAUGGUCGACAGGACAAAUGAAAAUAUUCAGAUUAGUGGAUCGGCUUCUAUGAUGCUUUACAAUACAUUUCCGUGGUUGGGUCCGUUCCUCAACAGCAAAAGGAUUAUUGUCAGAAAUGUGUUGAAAAAUAGAGCAGAAAUGACGAAGUUGAUCAAUGGGCUGCUGGAGACUCUGAAUCCACAGGACCGCAGAGGAUUUGUCGACUCCUUUCUCAUCCGCAAACAGAGUGACGAGCAAUCCGGCAAGAAGGACUCGCACUUUCACCAGGAGAAUCUUCUUGCAACAGUGGGAAAUCUGUUUGCUGCUGGUACUGACACAACAGGAACGACUCUGCGCUGGGGUUUGAUGCUCAUGGCCAAAUACCCUCAUAUACAGGAUCGAGUUCAGGACGAGAUUGACGGAGUGAUCGGUCGACGUCAGCCAGUGGUGGACGACAGGAAGAAAUUGCCGUAUACAGACGCUGUGAUUCAUGAAACUCAGAGGCUGGCCAACAUAGUGCCCAUGAGUCUCCCUCAUAAGACCAGCUGUGAUGUUCACUUCAAUGGAUACUUCAUCAAAAAGGGUACCCCUGUCAUUCCUCUGCUGACGUCUGUUCUGAAGGAUCCAAACAAAUGGGAGAAACCGAACAGCUUUUACCCAGAACACUUCCUAGAUGAGAAGGGCCAGUUUGUCAAGAGAGAUGCUUUCAUGCCCUUUUCUGCAGGUCGAAGGAUUUGUUUGGGAGAGAGUUUGGCCAGUAUGGAGCUCUUCCUGUUCUUCACUUCCCUCCUUCAGAGCUACCGCUUCACAACUCCACCUGGAGUGUCUGGAGAUGACCUGGAUCUCAAAGGAAUAGUCGGAGUCACGUUGAAUCCGUCCCCACACAAGCUGUGUGCUAUCAGACGCUCCUGAUACUGGAUGAUCAAAACAGAAACAAUAUAUUUUACCUCAUUUUAA